AGGCAGAUUUGAUAACAAGAAAUUAGUCAUAUGUGAGCAUUGUAAGAAGCCAGGACAUUCAGCCAAGUGUUACAGACUUGUUGGAUUCCCAAAAGAUUUCAAGUUCAAUAAGGCAAAGAAGAUAGCAGCUCACACCUCUACUGGUGAAGACUCCACAGGAAAUGAAGAGAACAUUACUAAUCAAAGCACUGAUGCCCUUUUCAAUCAGUUCAUCCAAUUCCUCAACACAGUGCAAGUCAGCAACCAAGGUUGUAGAGCUGCAGAUGAUCCUAAAACCCAUGCAUUUUCUGCUCACAUGGCAGGACCAUUCAAUGAAGAAGCCAGUGGUUCUUGGUAGAAAACAAGGUGGACUUUAUAUUUCCAAAGGAAGUCCUGAGUCUCAGUUGAAGUCACCAUGUUCUGAUAUUGUUCAUAGUACUUGUUCUUCUUUCAAUUCUUAUAACCAGCCUGUUGACCUUAAGACUGGCCACAUCAAUUUUUUCCAAACCCUCAAAGUUCAAAAUCAGGUUUAUAUUUAGAUUUGUAGCUGGCUGAAUAGACUGGGAGUAAAAGCCCAAAUCGCCGCCGCGGUACCCGGAUUUGUACGGGAAGCGCCGGGAAUUGGCCAGGGUUCAGAUGCUUGAGAGGGAAAUUGGCCUUCUUCAGGAAGAAUUGAAAUUUGUGGACCGCCUACAACCUGCUUCCAGCUCAUGUAAAGAGGUCACUGAUUUUGUGUUUGCCCAUCCCGAUCCUCUUUUGCCAACAAUCAAGAAAACCAGAAGAUGCUCUCGGAUCUGGAAAUGGCUAUGCGGGGCGUCAUGUUUCAGCAUGUCAUGGAUAUGUUGUUGUCCCUGUCCUCGCAUCAAGAUGCCUUCGUGCUCCUGCUGCACCUGCAACCAUCUUCCUGCAUCAGCUGCUGUUCAUCGACGUCUUCAUCAUGCACCAAAUGCCCUUCUCCAUCAUGCCCCGGCUGUUCCCUCUCAUGCAAGGUGGGUCCCACCUGCUGCUCGUUACCCAAAUGCGGGCGUUGCUGCUCUUGCCGAGACGCAACAUCUUCUGGUUGCUGCAGCAACAAGUGCUGCUGCACUUGUUCUUGCAAUAGCUGCUGUACGCCGAAAUGCCCGAACCCUUCUUUUUCUUCGUGUUCUAAGUGCUCCUGCCGCUGCAAAUGCAGCGGCAAAUGCUGCAGCUGCUGUUUUCCGAAGCCCUGCUCGCGAAUUAUACCUCUCAAUUUGGUACAAAUCGGACAAUAAGAAGCCCUGUUGGCUCGCCAAUCAAGGCCGGCCGCUGAAAUCGAAUUCUGGGGUUCUUCUCAUAACCGGAAAUGGAACUCUGAAGAUCGAUUCCUCCGGGGAUUUGAUCGAGCUUUACUCCUGUCAAUCGGAAGCCAAAGUGAGUGCUGUUUUGCUGGAUAAUGGGAAUUUUGUGCUGACAGAAGAUGGAGAUUGUCGAUUCAAGAGUGAGAUGGAGAAACGACACCAGAGAAAAGGGAUAGCCGGAUAGGGUAGGGUUGUAGAAAUUAGGAAUUAAAGGGUUUUAUCAGUU